AUCAAUUCUUGCUUAUUUCUGUGUUUAUCAACAUUGUUUCGCGGCUAUAAAAAAAAAGAAUCUGUAUUUUUUUAUUGGUUUUUCUUUUUAUUGGUUAAAUUUUAUCAUCAUGAAUGAUCAACAAAAACCCGGACCUUCUGGAAUUAAAUCUGAAAUGACAGAAAAUUUGGAUGAUUUUCUUCGUUAUUUUAAUAUUGUUCGUGAUGAUCAUCACGACAGAAUAGAUGAAAAACCAUUGAAUGAUCAAUGGGAAAAUGAUGUAUCGAAAUUUUUAUUCGAAAACAAUUCAAAUGAUGAUAUUGAUUUUGAUAGGCCAGAAUUCGAUUCAAAAGAUGUUGCCGAAAUUGAUAAAUUGCUUGCCAAUUUUAUCGGUAAUACUGAUCAAAAUGAAGAUGAAAAAAAACCUCAACAAAAAGCAUUUAUUAAUCCAAAUUUGUACAAACUCAAAUUCAAUGAAAAGAAAAUGUUUCGAUUAUUUCGAGAAAAUAUGCUAUACGAUCCAAUGGAUGAUAUACUUGAAAAAAUUGAAUCAAAAAAACGUAAACAUUUAACCACCGAAGAUGAUAGUUGUUGUUCAGAUUCUGAUAAUGAUAAUGAUGAUCAUGAUCAUUUCAAUUCAAUUGUUGGUGAUGGUGAUGAAUGUCAAUCUGAAAUCAGUUUAUAUUCGGAUAUUGGUGGCGAUGAUGAUGAAGAUGAUGAUUCGAGUUAUAGAAAUAAAAAAUUGAAAACAAAUGAACGCAUUGGAACAACAACAGCAACACCAUUAGAACAAGGUGGCAGUAAUUUACCAUUAUCAUCAUCAUCAUCAUCAAUUACAAUGGCUAUUAGCCCGAAAAAAGAGGAACCAAUUGAACAACAGCCAAUAUGUCGUAGACUAAGACGACCAACAUUACGAAAAGAUUAUCUUUCAUCAUUACCUCGACAUGGAAAUGUAUUCAAUUUGAUUCGAUAUUCAUGUACAUCACGUAUUGCACAAGAUUUUCUUAAAACAACUGAAGGUAAACAACAGGUAUUAGAUGCAAUAAAAAAUUGUCGAAAUAUGUCUACAUUGAUCAUACCGGAAGAAGAGACAGCAAAACCAAGUAAAGUUUUAUUAAUUUCACAACAAAAUUUUAAAAAAUCUAAAAGUGCUAAUCAUAAAUUUCGAAAUUCUGGUUGGCAUCGACAACUAAAUCAAGGUGUUAAAAUGGAAUCAUUUUUAUUUCAGACAAAUUUUCGAUUUUUGAAAAAAAAUCUAAAUCAAUCAUGGUUUAUUGAAGAGAAAAAACAGGAAAAAAUUGAAGAUAAUACACCUUCAAUGAAUUUCAUCAAUGAUCAUGGUUGUUUUAAAUCCGUUCCAAUCGGAUUAUCCAUUCUUUGUGAUAAUAAUGGACAACAACAACAGCAACAAAUACGAAAAAAUGAAAUUGCAAAACAAUCUGUCAAAAUCAAAAUUAAAGAUAUUCCCGUAUGCGUUGAAGAAUUGAAAACAAAAUUAUUGAAAAAAUUUCAUGAACCACCAACAAAUCGAUUAGAACAAAUAGAAACAUCCAUUAUAUCGGAUGUGAAUUGGCUAAGAAAUCAACAAAUAGUUACUAUAUGUCCAAAACCAUCAUCAUCAUCAUCAUCGACGAAAUCAAUUACUUCAGAUAAUAUUGAUAUUGAUGAAUUUCGAUCAAAACGUAUAGCUGAACUAAAUGAUUCGAUGAACGAAAUAUCUAAUAAUGAUAUAUGGAAAAAUUUUAUAAAAUUUGAUCGAAAAUGUACAAAAACCAAAACCGAAUCUCGACCAUAUUUUAAUAUGUGUGAUAAUUUUCAAUUCAUAUCAUCCGAUAUGAAUUGUAUACCUAUUGUUAAACGUAUAAAACCGGAUAUAUUUGAUGAUAGUGAAGAUUUGAAACAAUUAUGGAUACGAAUGAAAUCAUCGAAUGAAUUUCCAUCUGAACAAUUUUUUCAACAAACAGAAAAAUUAGUAAAUGGUCGUCAACAAAUAUUACGAUUAGAAUCAUUAGCACAACGACCUGAUUAUAUUCAAAUGCAUGGUAUGACAGCAAUACUUGAAUCAAUAGCCGAUAAUCAUCUUAUAUUUAGUCCAUUUUUUUCUAUCGAAUAAUUGAUUUCAGUGAAAACAA